GCUCGUUGGAUUGGAAGCAGAUUGGUCUGAACUCGACACAGAAGGACUGUUUACUGGUCGCACCAUGUUGUUGCUUAUUGCUGCUUCUCACGUGGCCUUUAGUGAUCUCAUGCCCGUUAACUGCUGUGUUCUCACAGCGUGUUGUGGUUUUCUGCACUCAAAUCAAAUGUUAAGAAUGACCAUUAGAAAACAUGACGGCUACACUUUUCCAUUUUGAAGGCUUCAGAUUCAACAUCCACCUCACGUGGAGCUGCAUGCUGCGUAUUAUUCAGACAUGGAUGUUCCUGUUAACAGUCAUGACGUUUCUGGUUCUUCCACCGUGAUGGCAACAUGUAAAUGAACCAUCCCAGACUAUGACUUCUGUGCCAAGACACGCCGCUCACGUUUUCUUUUCCCUGGUUCGCUGUGAUAUGAAGUGUGACACUUGUCAGACGAUGAAUCCUGAAUACGCUGGCUUUUCCUAUAAACCCACCAUCUUGUAAAAUUUAAUUUGCCUUAUACUUUAGUUUGUGGCUGAGUACCUGCAAAACGUGCAUUCCCAUCAGCCUCAGCGGUACUUUGAGUUUAAUGCUAAUUAGCACAAGUUAGCACGCUAACAUGAGACGAUCAGCUACAGCAUCAGUAUAGCUUCACCCAGUUUCUUCAUUUUGCCACAGAAGGAUACCUGGUCCAGCUUUAAACAUAAUGUUUGGGGUUUGGAAAUACUCAAAACAAAGGAAGCCACCCCCCAGAUUUCUAAAAUGAUACAAGUAUUUUCACCUGCCUGUCUCGCCUUCCUUCCAUUUGGUAGUUUCACUGAAAUCCACCUUAAAUCAUGCGUCUCAUAAGAAGCCAGUAGGCAAAGCGCCGUCCAUCACUACAUCCUACUCUAAGCUUCUUUCCUUCACACGGCCUUCCAUGCAUCCAGCCAAGAAUUUACAUUUCAUCUACAUUUUCAGCUGAUGCACUCGCCUGGAGCAUGUUCAGAAGAAGAAUUAGCAUAAACUGACUGUUUCUCCAGCGUAGCAACUUUCAUCUUUCACCAGUAAGAGAAAUGAAAUGAGUUACAAGGGCUGAACAAUGGCAGGUAUUCAUCUGGAACAGCACCUCGGCAGCAACAGUGACUCAAAAAUGUAUCACUUGUUCCCACCACGCCGCCCUCAGACUGAUGAACUCGGAGCCCUGAGCGGUCUGUGCUUACCAAACCUUGUGAUGGGAGGCCGGGAGCUGCACAGUCAUCCAUCCGUGCAGUCAUUCUUCUACAGACCCUGCUAGUGAGCAGCUGACUUGCUGAGCCACAAACAUACAGUAGAUCAGACAGGAGCCUGCACAGGCUUCUGCUGUGUAGGUGGAUCUGUGCAGCAGGGAGAAGAAAACCUGCACUCUCACUUCUACCUGUCAAAUGUGUGUCAUUGCUUUGUCUCUGCACAGUGUGAAGAGCUCAGUGGCCUGUGGCCAAGCUUCAGGCUCUGGGAAGCAGCUGUGGCCCACAGCUUCUUUCCAGCCGCUCUAACUUUGACUUUAAAUGGAAAAGGACUCAGGAUUAUUGACAAACCACAGAUGAUGACCGUCUCUGUCAACAUGCUGAUGUUUAGCCGUGCUCGCAGCACAAAGGGCAGCAGCGUAUUGGUGUGUACAUACAGGAGGACGUGGUUUGUUAGACGACAGUCAGAGCAACAACUUUGUCACCAUGUUUUUGUGUCAUUUACAUGAGACGUGCUCUGUGCAGCAGGUCAUCAAACAGUGGAAGGCUGUGUUUCUGACUUUCAGGUUUUAUCCUCCAUCCACAUUCACCACAGACUUUAAAGGUUCGAACCCGCAGCAGCUCAGUCAUUUGUUUUGUGUUUCAUUACCUGAUUUGUGUGUUUUUAUACAAUUUGCAUUGAAACUAACAAACCAACCAGGCCAAUUUGUAGGUUUAUUGUCCUUUACCUUCAGAUGCUUUGCACAUCCUCUGCACUCCCUCUCUCUUCUCUAGUCGUCCCACAGCUCCCUGCUGUCUCAUGUUCGCCGUCUGUGGUGCAUGUUGUUUGUGCGUCUGUUCCCAGACGCUGUGACUGGCAGCUUCAUUACUGUGAGGCCGCGAACGCUGAUGAGGGAAAGAAUGAACUGUGCUGAAGUGGUGACACAUGCAGACCAUGGACACAGAGUUUUCAACAGCACUGCUGGAGAGAUUAUCUGAUCCUCCAGCAGCUUCAGCUUCCAGCCCUUUGUGUGUCCUAGUGGUAGUUUCUCUCCUUGUGUUUGAACUCGGCCCACGCCUCCACACCUGUCACACAGCUCCACCCAUUUGGACUUUUUUCCUUGGUGCACAUUAAACUGUCGGGUCCUAUUUCUCCGAGAGUGACCGUCUCCGUGGAGUCCGUCCGGGCAGCGACAAGGACCGAGAGGAGCGAGCCGGGAUCUGUGGCUGGGACCCGAACUGUGCGCUGACCGAACCGGAAACAGAGGCUGUGUGAGACUCAUCGUGUGUGGCUGUGAAAUGACGUUGCCGUGUGAACACAUAUGAUCGGACAUGGAGGUCGACAGUUCAGCCAACGCCACACGGGACGAGUUUCAGCUCCUGCCCUCGCCUGGCGAUAACCCCGGCAACCUCAGUUUCCAUGACUAUAAGCCAAACGUUGGCGUCGUCCCCCCGGCUCAGCCCACGGUGGUGUUAGGGGGAGGACUCCCAGACGGCUCCAUUAAACUGCUCAGUGUGCAGGUGGUGUUGAUCCUGGCCUACAGCACCAUCAUCGUGCUGGGGGUUCUGGGUAAUUCUCUGGUCAUUUAUGUCAUCUACCGCUUCAAGACGCUUCGCACCGUCACCAACUUCUUCAUCGCCAACCUGGCUGUUGCCGACCUGCUGGUGAACACGCUGUGCCUCCCCUUCACCCUCGUCUACACGCUGCAGGGGGAGUGGAAGUUCGGCAGCGCCCUCUGCAUCCUGCUGCCCUACGCCCAGGGGCUUGCCGUGCACGUCUCCACGGUGACGCUCAACGUCAUCGCCCUGGACCGCCACCGGUGCAUUGUGUACCACCUGGAGACCAGGAUGCGGAAGGACGUGUGUUUCGGGGUGAUAGCGUUCACCUGGGUGCUGAGCGCUGUGCUCGCCAGCCCUCUGGCCAUCUUCAGAGAGUACGGCUCCUUCACUCUGGAGCCUGGACACACCAUACAGGUGUGCACGGAGAAGUGGCCUGGUAAAAGCACCGAUGGCACCGUCUACAGCAUCGCCAUGCUGAUUCUGCAGUACUUCCUGCCGUUGUCCAUCAUCUCCUUCGCCUAUGCCCGCAUCUGGUCCAAACUGCGCGGCCAUGUCAGCCCAGCAGAGAGCGUUGGCAACAGCGGCGCAGGCUCCGAGCGUCACCGCCGGCGCCGCAAGACCACCAAGAUGCUGGUAACCAUGGUGGUGGUGUUUGCCGUCAGCUGGCUGCCCUUCCACGCCUUCCAGCUGGCCACAGACAUCGACAGCACAGUGCUGGACAUGCGCGACUUCCACCUGCUUUACACUAUCUUCCACGUGGUUGCCAUGUGCUCCACCUUCGCCAACCCGCUGCUGUAUGGCUGGAUGAACCGCAACUACCGCGCUGCCUUCCUCGCCGUCUUCAAGUGUGCCAGGGGAGGGGAGAAGGGGAGGGGUGGCCGGCUGGACAGCAUCCACCCCACUGGUGGAGGAGGAGGGAGAGCAAAGAAGAUAGUGCUGGAAACCCAGGAUGUGGUGUCCACCUGCCUGAACGCCACUGACGUUUGAGAACCUGAGGGCGGUGGAAAUGGGAGGUGGGGGGUUGGAGGAGAUGAGGAGAGGAAGGAAAAGAAAUCAAGUGAGGAAAUCUUCUGUUCCCCAGAAGACAACAACAGAAACCAGACAGAAACAGAGGGGAGGGAAAGCUGCAGGGAGAAAAUGGAAACGACGGGGAGACCAGCAGGGGAGGGGGGUUAAAGGGUGCCUGGAAGGCAGACAAUAGGCGAGGAGGCGUGCAUGAGCUGGGAUUAGAAGAAGAGCCGCUGAAUGACUCGAGGCCUCGAGUACUGCUGCUCUGAGGAUGUGACCACAUCCUGAUGGAGGACUGUUCAGCUAACGUGACCCUAGAGGUGAGACGUCAGCGUUUCAUGUGAAGCUUUGUCAUUGUUUCCUCGACGCUGACAAAAAGUGUAAACACAAACUUUGUCAGAACAGGUGAGGCACAUUUAGCUUGUAUGUUGACAACAGGGCAGCGUCUGAGGCGGGUGGCAUGGGCCGAACCCGUGACUUUCAGCAGCAGCAGCUGGUUGUCCACGUUUCCUGAAGUCAGAGGCCGCUGGGCCCGGUUCAGAGCCGAGGAGGAGCUCUGUGAAACCUCAAUGUUACAUAAUGAAAAUGUGCUUUAGUCUGAUUCAGAUUAUACAGGAGAGACUUUGUUGUUCAUUUCAUUUUUAAAGAUGAAGGACAGAGAGCAAAGGAGCAGAAGAGGAAGCAACGAUGAGGAUCAGUGGGAGGCGGGAAAAAGUGAAACGACCAGGCAGCAGAGACAAGAUCCUCACUUAGCAGUGGACAGAUGAGUCUAAAAGUAAAAAGCUAAGUGAUGUGUUUCAUCACUGAGUUUGCUUUUCUGUUCAUUUUGACUGGUUAGACGCAAGGAGAAUCCCAGUUCCACUAACUGGAGGAGAAUCCCAGUUCCACUAACUGGAGGAGAAUCCCAGUUCCACUAACUGGAGG